CACUUCUAUCAGCCACAUAUAAACAGCGCUUAUUUUCUCCAAUUUUUUCUCCUCUCAUUUUUGUUUCCCUACAUCGCAACGUCUUCUAACAUAUCCAUUAAAUUCCAUUCAUUCAAGAUAAUCAUGGCACCUAUCACUAUCACCGUCACGGGCAACUCAUCCAUCGACGCUCGCCCCGAACAAGCCGUCCUCUCCCUCCAAGUCAAAUCCGACGGCCCCUCCAAAGACAUCGUCUCCAAAGAAGCAACAGCAACCGCAAACCAAGUCCAACAAACCUUCAAAGAGCUCCAAGCCGAGUCAUCACCUCCAGUCUCGGCCUUCUCAACCCAGUCCGUCCGCAGCGGGUCAGAAGUCCCCCGCGACAACGACGGCAACCCCCGCGAACGGGUGUACUUCUCCCAGAUCUCAUUCGAGGCGACAUUCCAUGACUUUGAAAGACUCGGCCAAGUCACCGGCCGUCUGAGCGCGCACCCAAAUAUCGAGAUCUGCAAUGUGGACUGGCGGUUAACAGACGCAACCAAGAAAGAUCUCUCCUCUCGCGCGAGGAAACAGGCAAUGGUGGAUGCGAUUCAGAAAGCGAAGGACUACGCGGACGUUAUUGGGAGAGAGGUCGUGCCGGUGGAAAUUACAGAUACGGAUUGUUCGUACGGGUAUCCCCCGCGGAUGAUGGCUAAUUGCAUGGCAGCGCCGGGGUUGGGGGCUGAGGAUGAGAGAGAGGAUUUGGAUCUGACGCCGAGGAAUAUUGACGUUACGAAUUCGGUGCAGGUGAACUUUAAAGGCGAGUGAGGGGAAACAGAUACUAAGAUUAGGUAUGAAUGCGUGAUCAAGAAUAAUAAAUAUGAUUAAUUGCUUUUUUAAUGGUAGCUAGCAGUCAGGGAAAGAUCUGGGCGCUUACUAGCCAAAAGUAUCACGAUCCAACCACUCAUUUCCGUCUUCUACCACACCCCGCUACCCAGGUAGACCUUCUGGUAAAGGUGCAUCAGCAUCAUCCAAUAAACCCAUGACAAGUCAUCGACUGUGGAUCGCGCUAAUGGCGGG